AUGAAUUUCGCAAGAGAAGUUAUAGUUCCAACAUCUUCUAAUGUAAGCGCAAAUAACUCCGAACAACAUAGAAGGCUAAAAGAAAUAUUUCCUGGAGCAAUAGGUGCCUUAGAUGGAACUCUUAUACAUGCGAUCGUGCCUGUUGAUCAACAGACUCGUUACAGGGGAAGAGGAAAAGGUGAAUGCUUUCAAAAUGUAUUAGCAAUUUGUGACUUUGAUAUGAUAUUCACAUUCGUAUGGGCCGGAUGGGAGGGCAUUGCACAUGAUUCACGAGUUUUAAAAGAAGUUGCAUUCAACCCAAAUUCUGGCUUUCCUUUCCCGCCACCAGAUAAGUAUUACCUUUGUGACGCUGCGUACACCAACACUCGUGGAUUUAUGACUCCCUACCGUGGUACGAGGUAUUGGUUAGCCGAUUUUCGACGACAACGUGCGUUAACUAAGGAAGAAAGAUUCAAUCAUGCUCACGCACAACUCAGAAAUGUCAUUGAACGUGCAUAUGGUGUUCUAAAGGCGAGAUUCCCAAUCCUAAAGCAAAUGGCUCCCUUUUCUUUUCCAAUACAAAGAGACAUAGUGAUUGCUUGUUUCGCCAUCCAUAAUUUUAUAAGGAAAUGCAAUAUUUAUGAUCAGUUAUUUAUGGACUAUGAUGAGAACACGAUGUUUCAUGAAAUGCAAAGUGGGGAAAAUGAUGGCCUGUUAGUUCAAGACAUAGAGUGGGGUUCACAAGGUAUUGACUAUAUGACUUCUUUACGUAACCAUAUUGCUAAUCAGUUGCUUCCAAAUGAUUCAAAUUAA